AUGCAUGAAAGACGACAGAUAACUGGUGACAAUUUCAACGAUAUGCAACCAUCAUCGGCUGAAUUUGAUCGGAUGCAACAAGAUAUCCUGGAAACUUUAUCAGCAUCAAAUCGUAAAGAUGGCGAACGUCUACGUCGACAUUUGCAAUUUUUUUUCAUGGAUCCAAUAACAAAAUGGAAAAUGCGCCAUCAGUUUCCUUUUAAAUUAGUCUUACAGAUUUUCAAAAUCGUUUUUAUUUCUGUACAACUAAUGCUUUUUGCCGAAUUACGUAUGUUACAUGUUGAUUUUAUGGAUGAAACACAUGCGGUAAUCCGACAUAAAUUUUUAAAAAAUUGGAAUAAUGAGCGUGAUGCACUCAUUUAUCCACCGUCAUCUGGUCGGUAUUCCGUUUACACCGGUACUGAUAUUGUUGAUCAGUUUGCAUUCAUGGUUGUCGCUUAUUAUUCAAUCAAGGAAGACUCAUUCGCCAGUUUUUCGUAUGAUACGUUGAGAAGUCAAGAUAUCUACACUUCGGUGCAGUCGAAAUUUGUUGACAAUAUUUCCAUUGAUGAUAUACCACCGAUGCAAUUUUGCUUAAAAAAAAUUGCUAAUGUGACGGUUUUUAACAACACUUAUGAAUUUGAUAUUUCAGAAAUUAAUGAUUGUGUAUUAUUGAAAUUUAACAAAAAUGAAGUGGAAGAAAUCCGUCGAAAUUCAAGUUCAAUGAGAAAAUUCCUUGAAGAACGCAAGAUUACAUUUAAACCGGAAGAUGCUUUGAUCAUUUCAAAAGGUGUAUUGAGCUUCAACUUACGAACGAUUCAUUUUAGUACAAUUUCAACUGAUGAGCGACCAGAAUGUUUUUUAAUUCAAGUCUCAAUUAUUUUCGACAACUCACGACAUACUGGUCAAGUAUACAUCUCUCUAUCAACAGUUAUUAGUUACGUUACUCUGUGCAAUGGUCGAGUUGUACAUGGAGAUGGUACAUUAACAGUAAGUAUUAUUAUAUUUAUUAUUGAUGUUUUGGUUUUGUUGAUGUGUAUCGCAUCGUUAGUACUAUGUUGUCGUGCGCUUCUUCGAGCUCAUCUCCUGAAAUUGGCAACGGCAAAAUUUGUUCGGAAUGUGUUGCGACGUGAGUUAUCGCUAAGUGAUCAGUUGGAAUUCCUAAAUUUUUGGUAUGUGAUGAUUGUUGCAAACGAUAUAUGUAUUAUCUGUGGCACUCUUUGCAAAAUCACAAUUGAAUUCAGAGAUUUUGAUAAUGAUUUGUUUACCACAUCUGGUGUAUUACUGGGCACUGGUGCCCUUUUAGUGUACGUUGGUGUACUACGUUACUUCUGUUUCUUUUCAAAAUAUAAUAUAUUAAUUUUAACAGUGAAGAAAUCGUUACCAAAUAUUCUUCGCUUUUUGUCAUGUGCAGCUGUUCUUUACGCUGGUUUUCUUAUUGCCGGAUGGGUUAUAAUUGGACCGUAUAGUUUAAAGUUUCGCACAUUAGGGAAAUCAUCAGAAGCAUUAUUUUCACUAAUAAAUGGUGAUGAUAUGUUCGCUACAUUUUUCACUAUCAACGAUUCUAAUACAAUUAUUAAUGUAGUUGGCACAGCUUACAUUUAUGUAUUUGUAUCUUUAUUCAUUUAUGUAGUUUUAUCACUAUUUAUUGCUAUUAUCAUGGAUGCUUAUGAAGUCAUCAGGGAUCGCUAUAGAGGUCAGGAAAGUGAAGAAAAGUCACUGUUACAACUUUUAUGUGCAGGAGAUUCAUGUAAUUUAACGGAUGCUGAGGAAAGACGGCUUGAGUAUUCUUCAGGAAACUUACUCAAAUUAGAUUGCUGUGAUUUGUUUCGUCAACUAAUCGGACCAUUUUGUAAUUGCUUUGGUGUUAUGCAACAAGAACCACCAUAUAAUUCAUUUGAAAAUUCAAAUGAAUUUACUAAUGAUCAUGGUGUAAAUACAUGA